AUGCUCUUUGCUCAGGUCAUGUUCAAGUCUCAGCUUCAGAAGAGCGGAAUGGAGCAUCAACUUCGACGGGAGAUUGAGAUCCAGUCUCAUCUCAGGCACCCGAACAUCCUGUGCCUGUUCAACUGGUUCCACGAUGAGACGAGGGUCUAUCUGAUCCUGGAAUAUGCGCCUCAGGGCGAACUCUACAAGCAGCUUACUUCGGCCAGGCGUUUCACUGACAAGAGAGCUGCCACUUACAUCUACCAGCUCUGCGAUGCGCUCAAGGUCUGCCAUGCACAAAACGUCAUCCACCGCGACAUCAAGCCGGAAAAUCUUCUCGUCGGCAUUAAUGGCGAGAUUAAGAUUGCAGACUUCGGCUGGUCCGUGCAUGCACCUUCAUCCAGAAAUGGCGUCAGUAAAAUGUGCACAAACUGGUCAAAAAAGGAAAACUGUGCUUAA